ACUCACUCACUCACUCACUCACUCCCUCGCUCACUGAUCGCUCACUCACGUCUUAGUAUCAUUCAUACAUCACACGUUAUCCUCAUUCUUCAUAUAAUCAUCUCGCGGACCCUGCCGUCAUCUUGUGCGUCGCAUUGCUCCCAGCACACUGCACAAGAAUAUGACCUCGCUGCUUCCCGUGCCGGAGACGAGAGUCCUGGCUGUGGCCAGUCAUGUUGUCUCAGGCUACGUCGGCAACAAGAUCGCCGUCUUCACCCUCCAGUCCCUAGGCUGCGACGUGGCAGCCCUCAACACCGUCCAAUUCAGCAAUCACACCGGCUACCGACAAUGGCAGGGCACCAAGUCCACUGCGCAGGAGAUCACGGCCCUCUACGAGGGGCUCCAGUCCGCCUACCUCGAUGACUUUGACAUGAUGCUCUCCGGGUACAUACCGGGCGCCGAAGCCGUCAACGCCGUCGGGGCCAUCGCCAAGGCCCUCAAGGAGAAGAACAGGGAGAACUUCUUCUGGGUGCUCGACCCCGUCAUGGGGGACAAUGGGCGACUGUACGUGGCAGAGGACGUGGUGCCGGCAUACAGAGGCCUGGUUCCGUACGCAGACCUCAUCCUGCCGAAUCAAUUCGAGGCGGAACUGCUCUCGGGCGUCGCGAUCAAGGACAUGGCCAGUCUCACCGCGGCCAUCCAGGCGCUGCACGACACCUACAAGAUCCCCCACGUCGUCAUCACGUCCGUCACGCUGCCCCACGCGCCAGAAGACCUGCCCUCCUCCGCGGGGAAGCAUCUGUCGGUGGUGGGCUCGACCAUGACGUCGGCCGGGCAGGCGCGGCUCUUCAAAAUCGUCUUUCCGGCCAUCAACUGCUAUUUCAGCGGCACGGGCGACAUGUUUGCCGCCCUCAUGGUGGUCCGCAUGCGCGAAGCCGUCUCGGCCGUCCCGGGCCUCGGCGGCACGACGAGCUGGCAGAGCGGCGACGACGUGGCGACUCUCGAACUGCCGCUGGCCAAGGCGGCCGAGAAGACGCUGGCGAGCAUGCACGAGCUCUUGUCGCGGACAAGCGAGCGCAUGGGCCAGGUCGUGGAGAAGACGAUGCGUGGCAUGACCGAGGACGACAAGAAGGACGACAAGAAGAUGCACCUCGUCAAGAGCAAGGCGGCCGAGCUGCAACUGGUGCGCAACCCGGAUUGUCUGCGUGAUCCAAAGGUGCAGUUCCGGGCGAAGGAGAUGUAGA